CACAGGGAGGGUUGUAGUAGAGCACUGUGUAGUACCGUCAGGAAAUAUUUUUUUCUCUCCCUGUGAUCAAAAGCUUUGGAAGUGUUGGUGUAUUUGGGUGAAGUUGCAGUGCAGAUAAAAUGUCGUCUUGGGUGAAAUCGUCUGCUGCUUCCCGGCGGCAACCAGCGAACCCAAAUGGAAGUGCUCAACAACUGCGUCUGUUUCGGAGAGCAGCGCCUUACCCCAACAGAGAGGAGAGGACGGAAGAGCUGAAGGAUGCCCUGGACAGGUGCAGUCGAAACAGUUAUGAAGAACUGGAGCAAAUUCAAAACUACAGUGGAAGUGUGAAGUACGAGGGGUACAAGCAUCAGCCAAAUGCCAAGCCGGCCAAGGCAGCCAAGCCAGACGGCUGCGGUCCUGCAGACAGACGUAAAGCCCUGUAUCAGAAGUUCUACAGACAGGUGCAGGAGGAGAAGAAGCCGGCCGACUGCGUGGUCCUCUCUGUCACCAACCGGUGCCUGGAUUACCCCAAAUCGCUAAGCCAGUGCUUGCAGGAGCGUGGCCUGUCAGUGGAAAUGCUCUACCUUCAGGCGGAAUCAGGCCUGACCCGGGCUCUGCAGGAUGUCCGAGCAGACGGCUCGCCGUUAUGUAUUCUGGUGGAGCAUACAAACGUAGCUCUGUCCUCCUGCACUGUUAUCAUAUUCUCAGAAUCCCUCAAAAUCCAUCGCAACAUGCCCAAAGACCAGGCCAUGGACUUUGUUGCAACAGAGUACAGUCGCGGACUCGUCAAAGAGCGCCCGUCGAGGGACCCCGCGGACAGUGCAGCACAGGCGUCACAGCUGCUGGAUGAUUUUCUAGAUCGAGAAAAGAUCGAGCGCUACACUGUUCCCUCCGAAACCCGUCAGCUGCUCCUGCUGUUGGCCGGUGGGGUGCAUCUCUACCACGAGGAGCUGCAAAUCAUCUCUGAGUAUGUCCAUUCUCGGCAGGAGCACACACAAGGCGUUUCCCACACUGAGGGGAAGAGGGGUAACAUGUUACCUCCAGGACUGGGCAAACCGCCUCCUCUGCUCCCCACUCCACCCGGACCUCCUCAGCCCCAGUCGGCAGGCGGAACAGGGCCCAUGAUGAACCACCCCCCACCACCCGCACCUCUUUUGCCUUCACCAGGCUCUUAUCCCAAAACCAAACCACCUCCUCUACUGUCCUUGCAUCGACCUUCUGGUCCGUCAUUAGGGUCCUCAGCUUCACGAGGCCUCCUGUCCUCACACAACCUCUACGGUGCCCCCUCUGUGCUUCGUGGGCCCCUACUCCACCACGUUCCCCUGUACCACCAAGUCCCCAGGGGCCCUCAUCUUGGUAGAGGAGCCCCGCCUUCUCUAAAAAGUUCCCGCCCUCCACUUCUCGCUUCUCCAGGUGCUCCUCUUCCACGUCCGGGUGGCCCCCGACACUAACAAAUGACAGAGACAUGCACUUGCACUGUUACACACACACAGGCUCCAAGUGGCAGCAGUGUUUUGAACAUUUCACCAAACUCAAGAACAGAAGACUCCUGGCGCCUGUGUAGGAAACCUGUUCUGACCUUUUUAGAAAAAGAAGAAAAGAAAUCGUAAACACACUUGGUUUGAAGGAAAAAGAUUGUGGUUAUUGUUAGAUAUUAUCUAUUUGUGGAUGGAUUGAUGGAGAAUGGCAUAUUCUAAUGACUUUAAUGAUGAUUUUAAGCAUCUUCUCCAAGAUCCCGCUGUCAUCAUUGUUAAUUUCUUUUCUUUAUAAUGUAUGAUGUGCUUUUCCCCCGGAGUCAUCCCAUUAAAAACAACAUGUUCCUCACUUCCAGUUUGCCUGUUUAGACUCCAUGAACUUGGUGUCGGCUACAUUGCCACGCUGUACAGGAUAAACAUCGAACAUCUGACUUGCCGAGCUGAAUGCUCAAAGGAUCUUGGUCACCAAUGGAUGGCUGCGUAAUAGGAUUUUAAUUUAUUUUGUAUAUAAUGGAAAUAGGGUUAGGGUGAUGAGUAGCAUACCGUCUGUAUACAGUGUUUCAAGAUGGUGCUUAAGAUUCUCUCGGAUUCUCUUGAGGUAAGAAUUGCAACAAUUAAAAGUUUGUUUUCACCCGCUGUAUUGUUGGCUCAAAUUACAUUUAAUUAAAAUCUCAUUUUAUUUGACAUAAGGAGAAGUAGUCCCUUUGUUCCAGGGAGAGUAGUGACACUUGGACCUAAGAAGAACAAUAAACUUCGGUAGUAAAAGCCCAACAACAUCUGCAAGUUUUGUUUCGUAAUCAAAAAUAAAAAUGGACCAUUUUGAUUUACAUUAAAGCACAAGAGGCAGCUUGUAAUGUUUGCCAGGAAAACUUGAAGGAAUAUAGGAAUUAUUAUUAUUUGUCACUAAUUUAUGCAAAAUCCAAGUGAACAAAUAUUGUAUCGUCUUCACAGAAGAGUGUCUAAUGUUGACGAACAUCAUGAUACUGAUAAAACGUAUAGGACAUUUGUGUUUACAUUUCACUGAUGCAGUUUAGAAAAAAAGUUCAUGUUCAAGACAGUCAGAUCAGAUCCCAUUCAUUCUCGCUUAUAAUUCAGGGACACCACGACAAGUAUUUUUGUUCUGUCAUUUUUCUGACUUGCUUUGUUUUUAUAGCUAUUGACCCAUUUCCAGAAGCUGUAGUGUUUUUAUUUGGUUAAUAACAGUUUGAAAGACUGUAAAGCGACAACCGUUCACAGCUUGUACUCGUGUUUGUUACUUUCAGUUUGAGGAAAUCCUUGUGAAAUUUGUAAAUGUGGUUAAAAUUGUUUUAUUUAGUUGGAAACGGAUUACUCACCAGAAAGAAGUCAUUUGUGAGAAUAAACUUUAUUUUAAACUGCUCAACAUUUCCA